AUGGAAGAUAAGCUCAUGCGGGUCACCUGUCUCCAUGCCCCAUCAUCCUACCAGCAUCGACAGCUACUAUGGGAUCAGCUACGCACCAUCAGCACACUUAACAAUCUCCCUUGGAUAUGUGCCGGAGACUUCAAUGAAAUCCUAUAUGCUUGGGAGAAAGUAGGAGGGCGAUCCCCAAACAGGUAUAGAAUUCAAUCCUUUCGUGAUGUCAUCAAUGACUGUGCUUUUAUGGAGAUUGAAAGUAAGGGAUGCAAGUUUACGUGGUCAAAUAAUAGAGAUGGUCCGGAUCAAAUUAAGGAAAGGUUGGAUCGUGUUUUGUGCACACCGGAGUGGCGUAUCCUAUACCCUGAAGCCCAAGUCUUUGCGUUGCCUCCCCUGGGUUUUGAUCAUAGUCCUAUUAUCAUCUCAACAUCACCAUCUUAUCCGAGGGGCCAACGCAAUUUUGUUUUUGAGGCUUAUUGGAACCAAGACCCGGAGUGUCGCAAGGUCAUUGCUACCACCUGGAAUUCAGUCGAGUUGCGCAACACCAAUUUACUACGCAAACUUAGAAUUGUCUCUUCCAAGCUGCACAAAUGGAGUAGAUCCAAGUUUGACAAUGUUCAGUUGAUGGUACUGGCACUACAACAGCAGCUCCAAUUGUUGGUUAAUAAGCCUUACAGAUCCAGUACUGACGCUGAAGAAGUUGCCUCUCUUCGUGGGAAAAUCAGAAACCUUUGGCAGCAGGAAGAACAAUUUUGGGCUAUGCGCUCCCGAAUUAACUGGCUUCAAUGGGUGGGUUCCCAUGCCUAUAGUCCGAUAAUUGCUCAAUGCCGGGCCCUAGUUACUGAAGAGAUGAAUGCCCAGUUAACUGCUAUGGUCACAAUGGAGGAGGUCAGAGUUGCUACGUUCCAGUUGGGUGCGACCAAGGCUCCAGGCCUCGAUGGUCUCAACGGACUUUUUUAUCAGACACAUUGGGAUAUAAUUCAACACAACAUUUUCAGGUUAGUUCAAGACUUCUUUACUUCAGGGGUUAUGCUUGCUGAGCUUAACAAAAUAGUACUUGUUCUAAUUCCUAAGAUCAACCACCCUGAAAGUCUAGAUCAGUUUAGACCGAUUAGCCUCUGCAACUUUGCGUAUAAGAUUAUAUCUAAGGUAUUGGCGAAUCGCCUGAAACCUUGGCUGGGGGAUCUCAUAUCAGUAGAACAAGCUGCUUUCGUGAGUGGGCGUCAAAUUCAGGAUAAUGUGUUAGUUGUCCAGGAGGUUAUUCAUCAAUUUAAGACAAGGAAAAGGAAGCGGAACUUUAAUGCUUUACUCAAAUUAGAUAUGCAGAAGGCCUACGACAAAGUUGAAUGGGAUUUCUUACUGGAUUAUCUCCUUACUUUGGGUUUUCACCCCUCGUGGGUUAGACUAGUGAUGCAAUGUAUUACUACUACUUCCUUCAGCAUCAACAUCACAAUAUCUCCUCUAACUAUUACUCGUCUAGAUGAGUGGAUCACAGCAAGAGCAACAGAGUCGAAAGCCGUACCUGGAUUGCAGAAGAUCGCCCAUGUUCUGUGGAAGAUUUGGUGCUCCCGUAACAACUAUAUCUUCCGUCGAAUUUGUCCAGAUCCACAGCGUGCUGUCACUGAUGCUCUAGCACAGGCGCGAAUCCAGACCCUUUCCUCCCAACACGACCAUCGAAUUGACCACUCCAAAACAGGGGACUCCAAUGAACGCCAAUCACUACCUAUUUGGACACCUCCGCAACAUGGAUUCCUUAAAUGUAACAUAGAUGCAUCUCACUUUCCAGGCACUUAUCAUGGCACUAUGGCCUGUAUCAGUAGAAAUCACCAAGGAAUUCUUACCGAUGUCUAUACACAAGAAAUCACAACAGCUUCAGCAUUUCCGGCAGAGGUUCAGUCACUUGCCCUCGCUCUUAAACGUCUGCUGCAACAGGGCAUCAACAUGGAGAACAUCAUUAUAGAGAGCGACUUCUUGGCCUUGAUCGACAUCCUUCACCAGAAACGAACGCCGCCGUGGGAAGAACGAGUCCUUUUCGCGGAGAUCCAUAGCUUCCUCGCUCUGUGCCCUAAUUUGCGUCUCCAGUACUGCAGAAGAGAGGCAAAUGGGGUUGCCGAUUGGGCCGCCAGAGCCCAUGGCAAAAAUGAUUUGGCCCACAACUAG